UGCGCAUUGGGUUCGCCCUUUGAUUGGUCAGUUCCCAGGCAGUGCCGCUGUCGCCAUGACUCUCUUUCAUUUCGGGAAUUGUUUCGCUUUGGCCUACUUCCCGUACUUCAUUACGUACAAAUGCAGCGGCCUGUCGGAAUACAGCGCCUUCUGGAGAUGUGUGCAGGCCGGGGCCACCUACCUGUGCGUGCAGCUCUGCAAGAUGCUGUUUCUCGCAACGUUCUUCCCCACGUGGGAAGGAGCCGUCGGAUCCUAUGACUUCAUUGGGGAGUUCAUGAAGGCCACGGUAGACUUGGCGGAUUUGUUAGGACUGCACCUGGUGAUGUCCCGCAACGCAGGGAAAGGAGAAUACAAGAUCAUGGUGGCUGCCAUGGGCUGGGCCACAGCUGAGUUGGUUAUGUCCAGGUGUCUGCCCCUGUGGGUCGGUGCGCGUGGAAUCGAAUUUGACUGGAAGUACAUCCAGAUGAGCAUAGAUUCCAACAUCAGCCUGGUGCACUACAUGGCAGUGGCGGCCCUCGUGUGGAUGUGGACGCGAUACGACCUCCCCACACAUUAUCGGCUGCCGGUGACUGUGCUUCUAGGGCUCAGUAUGUACAAAGCCUUUCUUUUGGAGUCUUUUGUGCACGUUUUUCUGAUGGGCAGCUGGACGGCGCUCCUCCUGAAAGCCGUGGUCACCGGCCUCCUGUCCUUCAGCUGCCUCACGCUCUUUGUGAGCCUCGUCCACAGUAACUGAGGACCACCUGCCACAAGUGGACAGAAAUAUCAUCUGUUUAUCCAAGGAAGAUGACUUUGGGAGUGGAAAAAAAACAGCAGUGGGACUCUUUGUGUCUUUGGAUUUGUUUAAAUUAAUUUCCUACAAACUUUAUAAUAAAAAAAAUAUAUGGACCAUUCA